GUCCGCCAUACCUCUUUAAGAUGACUGCACGGCUGCAUCAUCCUCUGGAGCGUGCGCGCACGCGGGCCCUGCGCACGCAACGCUUAUCAGAAGGAACGACACACUUUCACCAUCCGGUAUAAAAGUCACUUUGAGCUUGAGACUGCAAACUGCGACGAAGCAUCCAUUGAUGUUUUCUUGACAGAGGUGAAGAUGGCCGAGGACAUUAAGACCAAACUUGAGAAUUAUCGCACUGCUCCCUUUGAUGCCAGAUUCCCCAACUCCAACCAGACCAGGAACUGCUGGUCCAACUAUCUGGACUAUCACCGCUGCCAGAAAGUCCUGGACGCUAAAGGAGUGGACAUCACCCCCUGUGACUGGUACAAGAGAGUGUACAAGUCACUCUGCCCCAUGUCCUGGAUCCAGAAAUGGGAUGACCAGAGAGAACAGGGGAUCUUCCCAGGAAAGAUCUAAGACUGCCAUUCCCAAAGCUGUCAGUCUGCAAAGAUGUAAUCUUCUCAGCUAAAUGUUUGUAUAAGUGGUGUGAGGCCACGCGGCUCCGUCACCACCUUUCUACUACUGAUGCCCUGUACUGUAACUGAAUGGUCAUUCCUUACAAACAGCAUAAAAAUGUACAGCAGAUUCUGCAUUAAAGUGUCUCAGAAUAUAUUUAUGGA